UAUUUAAUCCCUUCUCCCCAUCAUAUCAGAACCAAUCCUAGCUCUCACUCUUACUUACUCUGAUAAUGGCUUGCACAAUUAGUUCCUUGCUUACUCACGUUUUCAUGCUCAGCAUUCUGUUUGUUAUUGCUGGGCAAGCCAUUGCAGCACGUGACAUCUCGAAGAAUGAUGAUCAAAUGAAACAGCCUGAAUUUCUAAAACAUGACCGUAGUGUGCUCAUUCCAGGCCUUGGACGAGUGUUGCUGCCACCAGUUUUCAAACAUCACAAUCCACACACUAUCGGCACUAGCACCCACACCGGCAGCAGUGGCCGCCAUGUUGGCAGCACAAUUGGUGGAAAUCGCCAGCUUCCAGGUGGUGAUGACACAUUCGUUCCAAACCCUGGUUUUGAGGUGCCAAUUCCAGCAGGUCGUGGUGCUGGCAUUGCAGGAACAAACCCACGUCCUUGAACAUGCUUGGCUAUGAAACUUUCAAUAAAUCUAAGAAUAAAGGGAAUCAAUUAUCUGCAUUGAGUCUUUAGGGGUUCCAUUGUAGUCUAUAGUAUUCAUUCACAUAACUAAAGUGAUAUGAAUUCGAGUUUGUCAUUUUAGUGAAGUCUAGAGUCUACUCCUGUAUGCAUUUUCCAGUUGGAAUCUAUUUCUUGUCAAGUAAUCAUGUAUCUCAAUUUCCACAUUAGUUAUAAAUUAUGACCUAUCAUGCUUA